GCAACCCCCUGCAUACAAACUCACCAUGCCCCGCCUUGAAGGAAAGAUUGCGCUGGUCACCGGCGCCGCGAGUGGCAUUGGCCGCGCCGUCGUCGCCGCGUUCCUCAAACACGGAGCCAAGGUGGUCACGAUCGACUUGCAUACGCCCGAGGAUCCGGAGGAGGCGUUCCCUGUCACGGAGGACCUGGAGCACGUCGAGGGCGAUGUGAGAGACCCCCACACCUGGGCCAUCGCCUUUUCGACCGCCAAGGCGAACUACGGCGCGCACCCCAAUAUCCUCGUGAACAACGCUGGCGUGUUGCGCAACCACAGCCUGGCCGACAUGAGCGACGAUGACUGGGACGUAGUGUUCGGCACCAACUUUGUGUCGGCGCUCAAGGGCUCGCAGCAGUUUAUCAGAUACCUGGUCGAUGAGGGUCGGACUGGUGCGAUUGUCAACGUGUCGAGUAUUGCGGGCGAGCGCGUGUUCCCCAACUGCACGGCGUACAACAUCUCAAAGGCGGCCCUGUCGCACCUCACGCGCGUCGCGGCGGCAGAGUACGCCGACAAGGGCAUCCGUGUGAACGCCGUCGCGCCGGGCAACACUGUGACUGGCAUGACCCGUACCACGACCUAUGCCAACGCCGACGUUGCGUCCAAGCUCAUGCAGCAUACCCCGAUCAAGCGGUGGGCCACCGCCGACGAGGUGGCCAGCAGCGUCGUCUACCUUGCGAGCGACGACGCAUCUGGCCGAGAGAUCGCCGCCUUGUAUGCGCAGAACGGGGCGCGCAUCGUCGGCAUCGACCUCGCCCCGCCGCGGGAAGCGGCUGCCGCGAUCGACGGACUCGAGUUUGUGCAGGGCGACGUUACGAAACCCGAAACGUUUCUCCAGGCCAUCGAGGCCGGCCGUAAGGCAUUUGGCAAGACCCCCAACGUGCUCGUGAACGCGGCAGGGGUGCCGUCCGGCGGCAAGUCGCUGCACGAGUUUGAAGACAGCGAGUGGGAGAAGGUCUUUGCCGUCAACUACUGGGCGCCACUGCGAGGGAUGCGCGAGUUUAUCAAGGCGUUGCUUGCUGAGAAGGCACCCGGUGCCAUCGUCAACAUCUCGAGUAUGCUGGGCCACCGCCCGCUCGCAGAGACGGGGCCGUACUGCGUGUCCAAGGCCGCUCUGAGCCACCUCACAAAGGUCACGGCGCAGGAGUACGGCCAGCACAACAUCCGUGUGAAUGCGCUCGCGCCGGGGAUUAUCGAGACGCCCAUGACCCGCGACGACCACACGCACAACGCGCUCGACAAGUUUGUCGCCCACACGGCCGUCAAGCGGUGGGGCCUGCCGCAGGAGGUUGGCCAGGGCGCCGUGUUCCUCGCUUCGGAUGACGCAUCGUACAUUACCGGCCAGAUUCUCUUCGUCGACGGAGGUAUCAACUAAUGCAGCAAGCUCGGGGCUCGGCAUGACGCGGGCGGGGUGACGUGCAGCGAGGUGCUUAAUCAGGCGGCAUGCCGAGUGGCGGUAGCGGCGUUGUAGCUUGCGUCGUGAGGCAGUAGCCAGCCAGUCGCCGACGGCGUAUGCACAACUGUCCAGGUGA